GACAAAAAUCUCGAAAAACAUACCUGGCUGGCCGCACGUCCCCAUUAAGCCCUCAUAAGGGAGUACCCCCGCGGGGGGCCGAGCGAGCUUGCGUGACAGUUGAAAUUGUUCAUAGGGUGGGGGGGAGGGGGGAGGAAGCGGUCUCUCUCUCUGUAUUGCGUUAAUUUGGUGUAGCAGAUUUCUCUUUAGAACGCUAAUACUAUUUUUACCAAGAAUUUAUCUUUCUUGUUACUUACUUUUGAAGAAUCGAACACCUCAAUUUUAUGUAAUUAAAUUAACCUCAUUAGUACAUGUUUAUUUCCCACGUGAACUAAAUAAAGAUUCUAAAUUUAGGAAAGACAAUACUUUGCGUGUUCCUGCUCAUGGGGAAAUGAUGUAAGUCUUUUGCUCUUUCGGGAGUAUAGUCGGCGGUCCAUGUUCGUACAUUUAUCAUAUCAUAUUGUCGCACAAUGCAAAUUAGGUAGGGUAGUUCUGUCAAUUGAAACCAUCGAGAUCUCUUUCCUGUUUUGAACUGAUUUGAUUUAAAACUUCGGAACAACGAUCGUCAAAAACAAAAGAAAAGAGACAUAUGACAAAAAGACCCUGUCUUGGCCACUGGGAGUACCUUAUCCAUGAACUCUUGCUCAGCCUGAUAUGCAAAUUUUGUGUUGCUUUACAAACGAGACGUAAUUUGCACAUAGUCUCAAAAUGGAUUCACUGUGAACUGCAUGGGAACACAUGUUUGAACUAGUUGGCUUUAUCGUCAGCCCUCUCGCGGUUUCUUUCAGAAUUUUCAGGAAAAAGUGUAUUAACAGUAUAAAGAGUACAAAUGUGUAAAGUGAGCUACGAAGAAUUCAUCGCCGGAAAACUAAGCCGGUUUUGAUCGUGGCUGUAGCGGCGGGCUUCUCUUUUCAUGAUAAACCUCCCGAAUGAAAUUAAACAAACGGUAAAGUGAAGCACUUUGAAAAUUCGAGAAUACCAUAUCCAAGUUGAGGUUUGCCGAAGAUUUGCGAUUUUGUUUUAUUCUUGCACGGAUCUGCUCUUACAGAGUGAAUGCUUCUGGAUGAAGGCUCAAAUAGCUAAAUGCUUCGAGAGAACACACGAAAUGUGCCAGAAAAAGAUUGAUGAUCGUCCUUGCCGAAAAGCCCCUUACGGCAAACUGUAUUCUUCCUUGCAUCAACACACUGCUGGGCACUGCCUAUGACAUUGACAUCAGAGUCUAAAGGAACUAACUGAUUCACCUGCUUUACCGGAUCAAAGUUCUCAUAACGGAGGGGAAUGACCGACUCAGUCUCCAAGAACCUGUAUGUAAAUUAGGUUUUUUUAAAAUUUUACAAAGACAAGAUGAAUAUAGAAGAUUGCCUUGCUCGAUUUGCUUUAGUGAAACCUCAUUUAACUGACGAAUAAAGGUAACAAUUGGAGUCAGUUUCCAAGACUAACGCUCAAACAAUGAAAGUUUUGUUUGCUGUCUUGUCCAUACUGAUCUCAUCGUCCACAGCAAUUACUAAGAAGAGAUGUCACUUAGAUACGAACACAAAGGUUCAACUGAACAAAUUGCUUCCAAUGCUGCUAGAGUUGGGCGUAGAUGUAUUCAAGACAAAAGAAACCAUUGAAAAAAGAUGGCUGAAUGACAGCUACCAAACGGCUAACGUAAAGUUAAUAGUUACACCUAUCAAACAAUUACAGGCUACGAAUAAAACCACGCCUCAAAGCACGUUGGAAGCGAACUAUCGCAUUUUGAAAGUGUUUAUGCCUAUUCUAAGAGGGUUAAAAAGAAAACUCAGCGCUUUCCCAGUGGCUAGAGAUGUAACACAUCAGCUACAAGAAAUUAAGUGGAAAGUUGGAAAUAUCAUGAUUUUUGUUCGCGCAAUUCAAAAUGCAUUAAAGCCUGACCAGCCACGAACAUCAGGUAUUCGCCCCAGCACGACCGCUGUCAGUAACUCCACUCUCAGCUCAGUUCGUGGUGUUCCAAUUGUUAUCCAGACCCCAACAACAGCAGCACCCUCGGCUUUAACACUUAGUGGAGUUGCUGUAAAAGCAUCAGCUACGCUAGAGGAUUUUUGCACUAAUAUCGUUGUAAUUCACCGAAUCGAAAUAUGGCGUCUAAUUUGAAUUACCAUUGUUUUGGACUAACUAGC